GUUGCAGUUUCCCGUCAAGGUCAAAUGGAGGCAGUCUGCAGUUACUUGGCACUGCCUUCGAAUGUGUUCCAACUUUUCCAGGAGCACAAAGACACUGUGGCACCACUGCUGCAUAGGUGGUGCAGCAGCCCAGCAAUAACCAAACAUCUGAAAGGCAUAACUCAAACAGUCAGAUACCCAAGGAGAAGAAAUCAACUGAUCGACCUCCCAGAGGACUAUAGCGCUCUGCUCAAUCAAGCCAGCCAUUUUCAGUGUCCCAAGUCCGCAGAUGACGAAAGGAAACAUCCCACUUUGUGCCUAUUCUGUGGCGCCAUGCUGUGCUCUCAGAGCUCCUGCUGCUUCAGUCAGCUGAAUGGAGAAGAUGUGGGCGCCUGCACCGCACAUGCCGCCACCUGUGGUGCAGGAGUGGGCAUGUUCCUCAGGAUAAGAGAGUGUGAAAUUGUACUGAUGGCCAGUAAGACCAGAGGAAGCACAUAUCCCGCUCCUUAUUUGGAUGACUAUGGCGAGACUGAUCCUCAUCUCGGGUAAGAAUCUCUAUUUGGUUCUUGUGUUUGCUGUCAUAAUAA